UCAGGGAGGGAGCUCAAGAGGAGCGGCCGCGCGCAGAGAUGCAGGGCUUGCGCCUCUGAGUCUGAAGGAUUUGGAGUUUUUAACAUCCUGAGGAGAAGCAGGGCGAGAUUACAGCUCCAUCAUGCCUCGAUCAUUUUUGGUCAAAAGCAAAAAGUGCCCCUCACACAGUGCGGCCCGGUUCCUCGAGAGUGACCAGAACGGGCUCGGACACAUCACACCUCCUGCACCAGUCCCAUCCGAGGCAAAGGAGCCAGAAUCUCCCGGGAGCUUGCAGUUAGGUCCUCUCGCUGAACCCUCCCACACAGACCCUUACGCUUAUAUUAAGGGUGAAGAUGAGCCCGAGCGUCCGAUCUUGCCUCGGCCUGAGCCGUCGGUCACGGCCAGCCGGCCUUACUACAUGCCUGAGCCUCAGAUGGCAGAAUUCGCACCCUACUAUAAGCCAGCUUAUGGGUGGGAGCAUCUUUCCUCCCCAUUUGAUUUCAGACAGAUGGGCUUCCACUCCUCCCUCCUCCAGCAUGCUAAUAACCUCUAUGGGUCCCACCUAAAGCAAAGCCCAGAAGCCUCACAACCACUGGACUGCAGCACACACUACUCCCCUACCUCCAACACCUACCACUGCAUCACCUGCGACAAGGUGUUCUCCACUCCUCAUGGCCUGGAAGUCCACGUGAGACGUUCUCACAGUGGCACACGACCCUUCGGAUGUAGCAUUUGCAGAAAGACCUUCGGCCACGCAGUCAGCUUAGAGCAACACAUGAACGUCCACUCUCAGGAGAAAAGUUUCGAGUGUAAGAUGUGUGGGAAGACAUUCAAGCGCUCCUCCACGCUGUCCACACACCUGCUGAUCCAUUCAGACACUCGUCCAUACCCCUGCCAGUACUGCGGCAAGAGAUUCCACCAGAAAUCGGACAUGAAGAAGCACACCUACAUCCACACAGGUGAGAAACCGCACAAAUGCCAGGUGUGCGGCAAAGCGUUCAGCCAGAGCUCCAACCUCAUCACUCACAGCCGCAAGCACACGGGCUUCAAGCCCUUUGGCUGCGAGAUCUGCUCCAAGGGCUUCCAGAGGAAGGUGGACCUCCGUAGACACCAUGAGAGCCAGCACAGCCUGAAAUGAUGGCAGGCCGGACAGAGAAUUGCUGACCAGUCAUCGAGAAAGUCCUUUCGUGCUGGCAGGGCUGAAACACAGCACAUGGGAUGAAGACUGCAUUCUACAAACUAAUGUGCGAGCAUUUAUAAACGCACCCGAGACUCAUUUCUGCUCUUCAGAAGGCCACAGCACAGUUGUACUGAUGGUGACGAACAUGGGCUAAUUACUGCAUCAUUUUGGAAUUCAUGCCAGGUACAAAAGAAACGUAUAAACAACUUUCUGAAUCAUUUCUAUAUUAUCGCACAUUUUCAGCCCAUCUAACUAAUAUCAUGAAUGAGUAGCUCAGUUAUUUGUUCAACAUCUCAGUUGGAUAUAUUUAGUUGUGGUCAUUUUUUUUUAAAGGGGAAUUUCCAAUUAUCUGCAUAAUUCAGCCAUUGAGAUGUAAACAAAGUAAGAGUGGUUUGAUGUGAUA